GAAGCGAGGCCUACUCUACCCCCCCUGCCCGCCUCCCGGUAGCCGUGCCUCACCCCAGGCCAGAAAUGGUGUCAUUGACUGCUUCCCUGAUGACAAGGUCUUCACUGCUAUUCUACACUACCUGACAUGAUGGGUCCGAGCCAGCCAGCUUCCACCUGCGUUCACCUGACAUCCUGUACCCAAGAAGAUGGGACUAGGGACCCCAGGAAACUUCAGACCCAGAAUCAAUUGCAGUUUAAUAGGAAUGUUCCUACACAUCCAAGCAACUUGGAAAUCCGAUAUUCUUGUCCACAUGGAAUUAAAAUUGAGAAGCUGAAGCACUCAUACAAUGAAUCCUAUUAUAAAGACUCAGAUUUUAGAGUUGUUCCUGACCUAAGCAGUUCCGUUUCAUUUUCUGUAAUAUCAGAAGAGAAACUUAGCUAUGCAGUCCACCUAGCCAAAAGAGAUGUAAAGCGAAGACAAUUUGAAGAACAUUAUCUCAGAAGUCAGCCUGCAAAUUCUCAGAAAUGCAGACAAAUCAAGUAUAAAAUAUCUGACCACAAGCUAGAACGGAAAGACUCAAAAAAUCAAGAAGUCCAUCAGUGCAGCCACCAGCCAUCUGAAGUAGGAAUUUCCAGCUCAGGGGCCAGAGUGUGUGUAUACACAUCUCAUCGUGGACAGCCAGAUCUCACCAUGCCCAACUCACCACCUACUCGUGAUCCAGGACCAUAUCCACAGCCCCGGCUAGGUGACCACAAAAACUUAGGUGAACAGAAAAGCCUGCUAGAGGUUCAGCGACUCCAGAAAGAAUUGAGCAGCUGUAUCCAUAAAAUCGAAGAGGUAACUAAAAAAGAUAGACUAGAAGAAGCUUUGGACCCAGAUGAAGAGCAGCGGAUCCGUGUCAGGAGACAGGAGCAGACUGUUCGCUGUGCCCGGAUGCUUUAUGUCCUCCAGCAGCAGGUAAAAGAAAUCCAGGAAGAUUUGGAUAAAUUGAGUCCACAUAAAACUAAACACACCAAGAAGUCAUGGGCAAUGUCUAGGCUGGCGGCUGCCCAUCGAGGAGCCAUUCGGGCCUUACAGGUGUUUGUCACUCAAUUUACUGACCGAGGGGAGCACCCAAUUCCUGCUCGGUGUAGGGAACUGGGCAGCCUUAUUCGUCAGCUUUCACUUUGUUCUGCCAAGCUGGAUACCAAUCCUUCCAUCCCUGAUGUGGUUAUAGAUAUCCUACAACAGAUUGAGGCUUUGGAAUCUCUCCUGGAAAAGAAGCUGUCACCAAAAAAGGUGAAGAAAUGUUUCAGUGAAAUUCAGAGCCAAUUUCCUAUUGGUAGCCAAAGGACUCUAGAAAAAUGGCCAAGGACAUUGCCAAAGAGUGAGAGGACACUCUUCAUAGCAAAGGAAACAGUUCCACAGGAAGCAAACCAACCUUCAGUGGCAAAGAAACUUCUUGGUGAUAAGUGUCAGCCUGAUACAGAGCAUCCAGUGACCCCGAGGUUGGAAAAUGAGUUUGAUGGAUUAGAUGUGGCCGCCCUGGACAAAGCCCCACUUGCUCCAAACCAUACUGCAAACUUCAGUGACGAGGCAUCGGCCCUGGCAAAAACAGGAGCAGUGAAGAAGAAGUCUAAGACUGAGAGUGUGCCGUUUAGAAAGAAAGAUGUUCUGGUGCCAGCAAGACUACAGCAAGGACUGCACAAAGCUGAAAGAAGUAGACUAAACCAACCUCACAGCAAGAACAGGCUGCAUCAGAGGACAGUUUCAUCUAGGUUAAAAGUAAACCGACAGCCUGAGAGAGACCACAAGGCUCCUUGGAUACCCCCAAACCCCACCUCCCCACCAGCGUCUCCUAAAUGUGCUGCGUGGCUAAAGGUGAAAUGUAGCCCCAGAGACACUGCAAAGGAACAACCUCUCCAGCAAGAAGGUGCUCCAGAGGAAUGUCAGCUGAGGGGCGCCACAGAGCGUGAGGUGGCCAGGCUUGCUUGGCCUGAUGCUGAAUCUUCCAAAGGUUUGAAGGAACUAGAAGACUUAAACACCAAAGAAAUGGACAGAAUGCAAAAACAGAGGCUCAACUGGCUUGAUGCUGAAACUUCUAGGAGAACAAAGGAAUUGAAUGAAUUAAAAAGUGAAGAAAUGGAUAGAAUCCAAAAAUUAAGUGUCUCUGCCUCCCAGUUAGCAGACAAGGUAGAGGCGGCAGUUCUGGAGCGUUUGAAGCCCCUCUUGGUCAAGGCCCAGAGAGUUAAUUCUUCUGUGGAAGCAAUUACGCCUGUGCAGGAUCGUCCGUCAUCGAAUGCAGCAGCACCCGAGCCUGCAGAGCAGGUGUGUGAUCAGAAAAUCCCAGCAGUAAGUGAAAGGCCUCUGCCUGCUCCUCUAAUCAGGAUCACAAAGACAGUGGUUCCCAAGGAUCCAGCUGCUAACAUCAUGUUAGAAAGACCCUGCAAUGCCAGUUCCCUGGAUGAAAGUAUAGACACAGAGAGAUCAGAGAGAAGAGAGACUCUACUUCCCUCCCUUGCAGAAGACCCCCAGAAGAGAGAAGGCCAGACUCCCCUGUUUGUCCCACGUGGCAUGCGGCGCAGCAUUGGUGACUACUGUAGCCGGUUUGAACAGUACCUCCGUAUCAUAGCCCAUGAGGCUGUAGGGUCCUUCAACCCAUGGCUGAUAGCUGAAAGCUUUUCCGAAGAGCUGGUAGAUGAAGCCCUGGGGGCUGUGGCUGCGGAACUUCAGGAUGCAUGUGAAGACUACGCAGAAGCCGUGUUCACCUCAGAGUUCCUAGAGGCUGCUGCAUAAAGGCUGUCAACCCAGGGCUCAUCCUGUGAAAUCAGAGAAGGGACACACCACUCUUUGCUGAGCCCACGAGAAACCUUUGUCCUUAGCUGUCUGUCCAGGCCCAGGAGCUGGCGCCUGCAGGAGGGAGGACAGGAGGGAGGUGCUGGUGAGGUCUGCCUCGCUGCUAUAUCUUCUCUCCUCAUCACAGCAUGGCUUCCUGAAGCCUGUGGUAGGGUGUGCUUUAUUUCAUCAGUGUCCAGGAAACAUGAAUCUAUUUUGACAAUAUAAUAGUAGCAAGACAUACAAUUUUCCUAUUGAAAUAAUAUGUUUCAUUUCUCUGGCUCAGACUGGUGAUCCAAAUGCUUUGAAAGGAACAGAUGAACAUGCUUCGCACAGGACUGAUGGUGCUGUUGAAGCCCAGUGGCAUCACCACCAGACAGACCCAAGUUAGGGAUAGUCUAUCAAAAAAAAUGACUUGGGGCCGGGGAGAUGGCUCAGUAGAAUAAACACUUGCCUGUCAAGCGCAAGGGUCUGAGUUCAAUCCCCGGUUCUGCCAAAAAAAAAAGACUUUACUUUUCAAAAACUGUACAAAAGUCAGAGAUGGAAGAACUCUUUCAGGUUAAACUAAAGAAACAUAAGAAACGUAUGUGCAGUUACUGUCCAGCCCCACACCCAGCUCCUGGUUUCCACCUUUGGCUAUGUCCUGUUAGGACACCUGUCCCUUGAGGGUCGCAGAUACACAUGGAGUGCAAAAUUUGGUCCUGCUGCCAAACCUCUGCGCUCAGCUGCAAAUAGGAACCAACCUUUCUUUAGGGACCAGUCCCUGAAUCACUUUCACAUGUUCAGUUCCUGGGACCUGGGAUAUAGCUCAGAGGCACAGUGCCUGCUUGGCAAGUACAAGGUCCUAAGUUCAAUUCCUGGCA